AUGGUCUUGUUCUUCAAUUGUCCAGAACAGGUCGCCAUGAACCGCUUCCUCACAAGGAAGCUGGCAGGCAGAGAGAAAGAUGACGGCGAGAUGUUCACAAAGAGGUUUCAGGAGUUUGACAAACUGAACCCAGAUAUAGUUGAACAUUAUCGGAAGAGAGGUCUACUUCUUGAGGUUGAUACUAGUGGAGAGACUAUGACAUCUUUCCAGAUGUUAAAGAGUGCCUUGGAGAAAACAAGUGUAUGGUCGUUGUUGACUGGAAUGGCAUGA